AAUCUCGAAAGCAAAAGUCGAUUCUCUCGGAAUGCUUUCAUCUUUUUUCGCCAAGUAAAAGAAGCUUCAUUUCUAAUCCACUAGAAAUGAAUAAUUAAUAAUCUAUCCGAUCGUUUUUUUCUUUUAUAUACAAAUUAUUAUCAAUAAACAAAGAAACAAACAACAAAACGUUUCAACUUAUCGAAGGAAUUCAUCUUAUCGAAGCCGAUCUCUCGAAAUACCGGCGGGUGCUUAGCGUUUCGUCGUCACCACCUCCUUCCCCUCCAGCAACGUAUCUCCCAGCGUAUAUUCAUACUUAUACGCAUAUUACAUACUUUUUUCAACUUGAUAACUAAAUUUAAAUACCUAUUUUCUCUCUCUCUUUCUUUUUCUCUCUUUCUGUGCUCUUACAUAUUCUUUAUUGGACACAAUGCCAGACAACACAAGUUCUGAAAAGGAAAAGCAUAUGAAGCAGUUAAAGAGGAAAAUGGAAUGUUGGCGUGAAGUUGUUCUCCCAUUAAACUCAAUUUUGUUGUGGGAAAGACCAUGGUAUCCCGCAUUGAUUCUUGGUCUUACUACAACUGUAUUUUGUAUGAUUUGGAUAUUGGAUCCAGCAUUACUCACAUUAAUAUCACUUUCCUUGCUGGUCCUGGCUCUUGUUGAUUACUUUGUUCCAACUAUUAUUUCUAUUUUUUGUACGGCCGAUAGUUGGACAGGACAAAAAGAAAAGAAAUUAAAUGAAAUUUGUCAUAAUCUAUCUGAGGCAAUACUUCAGUUGCAAAGUUUAUGGACAUCCGUGGUUACUAUGCGCAAUAGCCGCCCUAACUUUUACUAUGGAACGAUUAUGAUCUUUUUGGUGCUUUUUGCAUGGCUUGGAAAUACAAUCAAUAAUCUUCUUUUAUCUUAUAUAGCAGUUAAUGCUAUUCUACUUACACCGGGAUUCAAAUACAAGGGAAGAGCGCGAUCCGCUGUGAAAUAUAUUCACAAUUAUUUAACUCAAGAAAAAUUGUCAUAAAACAUUGGUCUCCGUGUAUGUAUUAUUUAUUUUUCAUUCAUUUAACACGCCUCGUUUUGAUGCAAUUAAAUUAGUGUUAUUUAUGAUGUAUAUGCUAUAUAAUGCUACAUUUCAAUGAUUCGUAUACAUUUAAUAAUGUAUUACUUUUUAAAGGA